ACGUGGCAGGAGUAAGUUUUAAAGGGGCAGCGUUGAGCGAGGAGAGAGCGGGCUUUAUCUGAGGCAUCUUGCACCCCAGAGCGGAGCCCCUGUCAAGCAUGGCUGAGCGGUCCGGAUUGGCUCUGGAAGCGAUUUCCCCGCCUGGAGUAGGGGCCCAGCCGUCGCCAUGAGCAGGGAGCGAGCCCGUCCCUUGACACAUGUGUUUCCCAUCCAUAGCUGGAGGCAGCCCAGGGGCUGCGAGUCAGCCCGCCACAGCCAGAUUGAAGUGUAGACAGAGUAAGGUUUCAAAGCAGCCCCAAGGAGCACGGGAAUGCUGUUCAGGAAAUUCUUCAGGCAUGGGCAGGGACUUGGCUACGGCUCUGCAGUUGGAAAAUCUGACUCGGGCAGCCUCUGAGCACAAGCGGGGCCUAACACACUCAGCAGGCUGCGUGGCAGCCUCCAGCACAGCUGCUCAGCACGCCCGACCUGGGACGCUUACCCUCGGCUGCUUUGUGAAACAGAGGAGAUGCCUCAGGAACAGUACACACACCACCGGAGCACCAUGCCCAGCUCCGAGGGACCACAGGUAUACAAAGUGGGGAUUUACGGCUGGCGGAAACGAUGCCUGUAUUUCUUUGUUCUACUCCUCAUGAUUUUGAUACUGGUGAACUUGGCCAUGACCAUCUGGAUUCUCAAAGUCAUGAACUUCACAAUUGAUGGAAUGGGAAAUCUGAGAAUCACAGAAAAAGGUCUAAAGCUAGAAGGAGACUCAGAAUUCUUACAACCUCUCUACGCCAAAGAAAUCCAGUCCCGACCAGGUAAUGCCCUAUACUUCAAAUCUGCCAGAAAUGUGACAGUGAACAUUCUCAAUGAUCAGACUAAAGUGCUAACUCAGCUGAUAACAGGUCCAAAAGCUGUAGAAGCUUAUGGCAAAAAGUUUGAAGUAAAAACAGUUUCUGGAAAAUUGCUCUUCUCUGCAGAUGACAAUGAAGUGGUAGUAGGAGCUGAGAGAUUAAGAGUUUUAGGAGCUGAGGGCACAGUUUUCCCAAAGUCUAUAGAAACACCUAAUGUCAGGGCAGACCCCUUCAAGGAACUAAGAUUGGAGUCCCCCACCCGGUCUCUGGUGAUGGAGGCCCCAAAGGGAGUAGAAAUAAAUGCAGAAGCCGGGAACAUGGAAGCCACCUGCAGAACUGAGUUGAGACUGGAAUCCAAAGAUGGAGAGAUUAAGUUAGAUGCUGCGAAAAUCAAACUACCUAGACUGCCUCACGGAUCCUACACACCUACAGGGACAAGGCAGAAGGUCUUCGAGAUCUGCGUCUGCGCCAAUGGGAGAUUGUUCCUGUCCCAGGCAGGAACCGGUUCCACCUGUCAGAUAAACACAAGUGUCUGCCUUUGAGAGACUCUCCAGAGUGGACAUUGUCAGCAGCCUGAAGGCCUUUUUUCUUGGCUUUAGACUUUGGCUGCCAGCUAUUUUUACUAGAACACAGAAAGCCUAUCAAAGACCUUUUAUGUGUGUGUGUAUACGCGUGAGUGUGUUUGCGUGUGUG